AUGAGCAACUCCCUCGACAUACAUGACAUGCUCCAGACGGGGUUCUUCACCACGUCUAGAGCUAAGCAUGGCCAUUCUGCAUCCGUCGAUUCUUCGACUCGCCCUGGGCGCCUAUACGAGUCGACUGAGCCACCUGUAUCUCGUGUAGCGCCUCGCUACUACGACGACAUUCCCUAUCGGCGCCGCUCACUGCUGCCCCCGCCCACUGUCGAGGAUGAAGCUGAGUCAAUCGCGAAAGAAUUUGGCGGCCGCGUCGAAACUGUUGAGGAAGAAGAGCCCCAAUCAAGAGGAGAAGUUGACCAGCAGCCACUCAUGCUCGAAGUCCAUGAGUAUAACCCUGAACGCCGCUUUGUUAUUGUACCAGGAUCGGUCAAGCCGAGCACUUCAGAGAGUGCGUCUGAUGACAGCGCAUCUAGAGAAAAGCUUCGCCAGGAGAAGGAAAAGAAGAAGGAGAGGAAAAAAGCAUCUGCGUCUCCUUCACCUGAGGCAUAUACGCGAAGAACCAACGAACCUGAAAAGAAGGACUCCGAUCGCCUUGACGACGCUGCUCCAAGGCUAGAGAGACGUAAGAGCAGGCAAGAUUUGCCUCGGCUGGAGACAGACAUAGACGAGGACCGGGUACCAAGUCAUCACCGAAGCAAAUCUGCUGCUAGUGGCAUCCGUCCAGAAUUUUCUCAGUCGUAUCGCAAGUAUGGGGAGGACUAUCUUUCGCCGCAGGUAACAAAGCAUGGGUCGAGUGGUCGAGAUAAGACAUAUCAUGGAUAUGGCCAGCCGCCCACCCAGAGUAGCGUCAGUCUGGGAGAUUCAAAGGACAAGAGGCGGGACGACGACAAGUACCAUCGACGAAGCGCAACAGUGUCGGCAGAGAGGCCAAACUCAAGCUUCGAACCAUUCCGAAGACCUGCCUCGAACGACCGCGUCAACGGACCUCGGCCUCUAGAUGGUAACCGACCACCACGGGAUGAUUUGAGAGAAGGGACCUAUGCGGCCUACAAGCCAGCCCCCGUCGAAAACUUGAGAGCUCCGUCCCCAUCCAAGCUUAAAGACCAAAAUUCUCCGCGGGAUGAAGCCUUCAGUACGUCUUAUAGAAGAGAAAACCCCGUCAUCAUUGACGACGACCGCGCGUCCAUUGCAUCGUCGCGCAGAGGCGAUGCAAGCGGCCAAAACUCUCGCUCUCCGUCAAGAGUUCCUACCAUGCCCAUAGCGCCAGCCGAGCCGCCAGAGGACUGGGCACCGAACCGUCGGGUUUCCACUACCUUUCCAAUCAGCCGCGACAAGACUACACUAGAGAAUCGUACUCCCCCGACGAUUUAUCUUCCUUAUCCGGAUGAUGAUGAUGCCAUCGUUGCUUGGCCAGAGACAUCCGCAGAGGACGAUGAUAUGCGGCAGUCACAAACGAUCAGCGCGUCAUCCGUCUUGAUGCCACCCAUCCCUCAAGUUGACGACGAGCUUAUCGCACCGGAUGACAAGUCUAUUAGAUCACCGACCCCCAAAGAGCCAUCUGUGGUGACGAAGCCUUGGCAGCCUCCCCCCUUUGACCCUACCAAAUCUGGGGUACGUCCGGACCAAACAAUACCAGAAUGCAAGCGCACGGUGGCGGUGGCAGGCAAGAUGGAUUGGCUUACGCUUCCCCGGACGGAUUUCAACAUCUGCCCCGAUUGCUACGGUACCGUGUUUGCAGAAACCCAGUUUCGAACUCACUUUCACCCAGUGUUGCGGUCGACUAGUACCCCAAUUGCAUGCGAUUUCGGAUCAUCCCCGUGGUAUCGGAUCGCCUGGCUACUCACGCUGAAACACAAAGUGCCAGACCUGCAAUUGUUUCAUGCUCUGGCAAACGUCAUGAUGGAGUCUCGCGAUUAUCCGUGCCCCCUGGAACGAAAGGUAACCCGAGUCUGGUAUUCUGUCAAAGACCCCUACACGAGGCGGCCAGUGCCCGAGUUUGCGGUAUGCUACCAAUGCGCGAAGACGGUGGAGACCUUGUUUCCAAACCUCACCGGCGUUUUCAUCCCGCUCGAUUCUCGAGGCGAGCCCACACGAAACGUGUGCUCUCUUCACUUCACGCCCCAGAGAAAGCAGUUUGUACUCUUCUUUGACGCAUUUGAGACAACGUCCGACAAGGGCUAUGUGACCAACCGAAAGCCAGACAUCGGCGAUUUGUCCAUGAUGCUUACACGGCUGAGCACUCUGAAUGAGUGUCGCGAAGACCGCCGGGUGAGCGAUGGAUACUGGUACGUCAUGGAGUAUCUACCGGAUUUCACCGUUUGUGGAGAAUGCUACGAAGAUGUUGUUCGGCCUCAGCGCACAGAGGACAACGUGAUUGCUCAAAACUUUUACCAGAAGCCCACGAAGCUGCCUGUUGCAACUUGCCAGCUCUACUCUCCUAGGAUGAGAGAAGUUUUCAAGAGGGCCUGUAGGAAUAAGGACCCCGAAUAUCUUGAGGGGAAAGUUCGAGAGAGAUUGAAGAUUGAGAAGGACGUACACAACAAGUUUCUCGGUCUCGUCAAAGAUAAGCGCAAUACCGCAUGGACGGAUGAACAGAUUGACAAGCUGAGUAGGGAGUGGAGGAGAUGGGAAUAA